GCACAACAGGUAAUAAAAUACAGAUACAACUAAUUUAAAAAAAAAAAAAAAAACAUAAAAAUAAAUUUUAAUUUCGAUUUUUUGAAAAAUAAAAAAAUUAUUUUUAAUUUCCCAAAUGUCGAGCAAUGAUAAUAAUACCCAAAGUAAUAUUUCAGAAAUAAGUAAUAUAAACAAUAUAAAUGAUUUAAAUAAUACAAAUAAUACAGAUAAUACAGAUAAUAUAAAUAAUAAUAUUGGUAGUAGAAAAAGAAAACAAUUCCAACCAAAGAAAUUAAAUAAAAAAGAAACACAAUCCAAGACAUGGACUGAUGAAAACAAGAAACUAAAAACUACUGAUGAAAAUGAACUAAAUAAUAAAACAAUUUCAACCAACAAUAAUAAUAGCAUCAACAAUACAGAAAAUCAUAUUGAUGAUAAUAUUGAAAAUAACUCAAUAAAUGAACCAACUAAAGAUACAACUGAAACAGAUGAAAACGAAGAUAUAGAUAUUAAAGAAUUACCACUAACCAACAAAUGGUCAGUUGGGAGAAGAAAAAAAGCAAUUGCCGGGCUAUUGGUUUCUUUUAAUGAAAAUGAAAACAGUAUAUCUUCUGAAAAUUCAAACCCAAUAAAAAUCUUUGUUGGAGAAGUGAUGAUAUUUUCUGAUACACUCUUUAAAAAAAAACCAAUUUAUAUCUAUAGCUCAGAUAAUAGCAAUAAUAUGAAUGAUCUACACACUAAAUCAACUGGAUUUUUUACAAACUCAACAAAUAAAAGAAAGAUCGCAAAUUUUACAGCAGACUGUCCCCCAGUAGUACUUAACUCAUUAAUACUAUUACAAUCCAAAAACUAUAUAAAAUUAAGAUUUUUAUAUAUUAAUGAUGAAAAUAAUAAUAAUAAUAAUAAUAAUAACAAUAAUAAUAAUAAUAAUAAUAAUAAACAAAUUGGUAGCCUGGUAUCUAUACAAGUUUAUUUAAUCGGGGAAUCAUUUAGAGGAUAUAAUAACCCAACAUCAAUUUAUCAAUCCAGAGAAGACAAAUCAUUCAAAUCAAUUUUGAACUACUUUUUGAAAAUAAAAGAAGUUAAUGAAGAUGAUAUUGAAAAACAGCAUCAGCAAAAUCAACAAGAUGAAGAAAGAGAACAAAUGGACACAACUGAACAAGAUCAAAAACCAACAAUUGAUAUUGAAAAGAAUGAACCUCAAGACAAUUUAGAAAACAAUACAGAAGACAAUACAGAUAAUGCAGACAAUACAAACAAUAAUAAUAUUGAUAACAAUAAUAUGGGCACCAAUAAUGAAAAAAAAAGAAAAGAGUUCCAAUUUGAUGCAAAAGAACUAUAUGACAAAGUUAAAAUCUCAAGUGAUGCAACAGAAAUCGAUACAAAUUUAUUUAAUAGUCAAAUGACAUCAAAACUAAAGCCUUACCAAUUAAAAACGGUUAAUUGGAUGCUAAAUAGAGAACUAAAUCCAAAAAUUAAUUUUGAGGGCCUAAAGAACGAAAACAAUGAUAACUAUAUUCUUCAUCCACUAUGGGAUAGAUUUAUAAUAGAUGGCAUCGAAUUUUUUUAUAACGAAUAUACCGGAGGGUUAUCUCUAGACCCAAUGAUAUUGGAUAACAUCAACAAGAAAGAACUAAAAAACACCACAACCACAACCACUACUACAUCAGAACCAGCGUCAACAAUUAAAAUCAAUUUAAAUGAACAAAAAAUUUACGGUGGUAUUUUAGCGGAUGAACCUGGUAUUGGUAAAACCAUUGAAUUUUUAGGUUUAGUGUUGGCUCAUCAAAAAGAGAAUAAAGAAUCAAAAGUCAUUAGGGGGCCAAAGCCAAUUAAUCAAGAAGAUGUCAGAGAACAGAAAAAUAGAAAAUUGAAAAGAGAGCAGGAACUUCAGAGAGAAAAUGAUAUUGUGGAGUACAAAAACAAUAAUGGAGAUACUAUUGCAUGUUGCUGUGGUAGAGAUGAAAAAGCACAUGGUUUUGGCUUAUGGGUGGAAUGCUCGUCGUGCAAUAGAUGGCAAUUUGUUGGCUGUGUUGGUCUAAGAUAUAAAGCAAGCAAUCAAUUUUACUUUUGUACAUUUUGCACCCAAGUUAAAAGAGAUCCCUCUUUAGAUUUCAAUGUUGACGAAGAUUUAGUAGACUCCCCAGAUCGUUGGGAUGAUUCAACAUUGGUCGAGUCGAGAGCAACUUUAAUUAUUGCGCCAUCGGCAAUCUUUAGUCAAUGGCAAGAAGAAAUUGUUAAACAUACUACCGGCUUAUCGGUUUAUGUAUACCGUGGAAUUUAUAAAGAAUCAAUUACACCCUACGAUUUGGCAAAUCAUGAUAUAGUUUUAACAACUUAUGAAACCUUAUCCGAUGACUCCAUUUGUUUAGACCAAACAUCAGCCGGUAAACAACUACGUUAUAUUAAAAUCAAAUCACCAAAGUCUUCAUUGAAGUGUAUUGAUUGGUGGAGAAUUUGCUUGGAUGAAGCCCAAAUGGUAGAAAGUAUAGGUUGCAAAUACAAGAAACUAGCAUUCAAUUUAGAUGCCAAAUACCGUUGGUGUUUAUCAGGUACCCCAAUUCAAAAAUCUUUAGAUGAUAUGCAUGGCUUAAUUGAAUAUCUCAGAGUAGAACCAUUUAAAGAAAGAUACUGGUGGAGCAAUUUAAUAUUAAAUAAAUACCUAGUUCAUGGUGAUCAAUCCAUUAUUGAUUUUUUCCAUACAAUUUUAAAAUCAAUUAUGUUAAGAAACUCAAAAUCUCAAAUCAAAGAUGAACUAAACUUACCAACCCAAUAUGACCGUGAUACAAAAUUACUGCGUUUCUCAAUGGUAGAAUCUCAUUAUUAUCAAAAGAAGGCAAAUGAAUGCUCAGCAGAAGCCCGUUCACUAUUUAACAAAUAUUUUAUUCGUAACAAUAGAGUAUCUGCCAAAGACCUUUCAAAAGUUUUAGCACCAUUAUUAGCACUUCGUCAAGCAUGUCAACAUCCACAAGUAGGUUCUUCCGGUAUUAGAUCUAUUCAAAAGAGUAUGAUGACAAUGGGUGAACUUUUAGAUAGACUUAUUGAAAAUGCAACAAUAGAAUGUAAAAACCAUCAAAAAUCCCUAAUACAUGCCUACAAUUGCUUAGCUGCUGCGAAAAUCAUUAAAAAUGACUACAAUGCUGCAUCAUCAUUAUAUUUAGAAUCUUUAAACCUAUUUGAAUCAAACUCAAAACACUUCAAAGUCGAUUGGUUCCAAGAACUACAUGUUUAUCACAAUCUUAAUUAUAUAUUAAAAGAAAAUCAAAAAAUUUUAACAGAAAAUCAAAAUAAUAAUGAUAAUCAAGAGCAUAAUAAGCAAACACUUCCCAAAAAUAAAGAAUUAGUAACAAAUGAAACUAUAAACUUGAUUACAAAUGAUGGCCAAAGAGAUUUAGAUAAAGAAUGUGAAAAAGUUAGAAAUGGCUAUUUAAUUGGGAAAAAUAUGCAAAUGAUUCAAUUUCAAAAGGAAUUUGAUGAAUUCCAUGAAAAAGUUGAACACCUGUUAAAAGAAUUUGAUGAAAAUACAAAAAGUUGGAAGAAACUACCUUGGUGGGAAAGAGCUUUACAAGAUAUUGAAUCUUAUGAAGCUAAUACCUCAGGCCAAACAUUAAAGAAAAAGAUUGAAACCGAGCUAUUCAUUCCAAAAAAUCUACCACAAUUUCAAUUUUCACUCGUUAAUAAGUUUAGAGAUUACAACGGUUUAGCAUAUUUAAUUAGAGGUCAUAUGGAUGAUUUAUUUAGAUAUCGUAACUCAUUCAUCAAAACCCUAAUACCAUUAACUAAACAAUUUAGUGAAAGUGAUGUCCAAGCCUCAAUCAACUGCCCAGAAUGUCGUGAUAUUAACAACAAAACCGAUGCCAAUCAAAUCUGUACCCAUUGCAUCUGUUUAGAAAACCUUAGUUUCUUUAGAGAGAAAUUAUUUUCAAACUUUAAUCAAAAAAAGAAUAGAGUUACCAAACAAACAAGUAGCCUCAGAUCAAUGCUCAGCGACAACCAACUAAAAGAUAUUGAAUCAUUAAAACUAGAUAUUACUGGUGCCACUGAAUCUGUUGCCGACUCUGAAGUUGAAAGAGUUUUAAAACUAAUGAUUCCAAUACUAAGAAGCAUCGAUACCGAAGCAACCGAUGAAUUGGCCAAAGAAGGUGAAGAUUUUAUAAAAACCUUAAAGAAUAUGAAAAGAGAACUAAGUACAGGUUCAGAGCUUUGGGCAGCAUCAAAAAAUUAUUUAAAUAGCUUUGAUGAAGUUGACUCUGCCACUGUUCGUAUUCGUUUACGUUAUCAAGGAGAAAUUCUAGAGCCACAUGAAGAGCUAUUCAAACUAAACCCAAUUGAAGUCGACCCAUUCAUCAAACGUUUUGAACUAGAAAAAAAGAAAUCAUUAGAACAAUACAAAAUCUCGCAUGGUCAAUUAUUAUAUUUAUUAAAUUUAAAAAAAUCAAACUUUUCAACUAAAAGUUUUAAUAAUACUGUUGAAAACCCCAAUCAAGAAUCUAUUUGUGUAAUUUGUCAAGAGCCACUUGGUGCUAAUAUUGUAAUGCUUUUAUGUGGUCACUCUUUUUGCUAUGACUGUAUCAUGUUUAUGAUUGAAAGAGUACCAAACUGUCAAACUAUUCAAUGCCCAGUAUGCAGGUCAAGAAAUAAUAUAGAGGAAAUUAGUUUUAUUUCUACUGACAAAGAAAAUGGUGAACUAGUAGAUCCAAGUAUAGUUAAAGGCUCAUAUGGUACCAAAAUUGAAUCUGUAGUUUCAACUUUAAUAAAAAUUCAAAAAAACUCAAAUGUGGAUAAUAAAGAUAACAAUAAAGAUGAAAAUAAGGGUGAAAAUAAGGAUGAAAAUAAGGACGAAAAUAAGGAUAACAGUAUAUUAGAUAACAACAUAGAUAACAAUAAUGAUAAUGAUAAAACGAAAUCAAUUGACAAAGUUAUCAUUUUCUCCCAAUGGAUGGAUUUAUUAGAAAUUAUUUCAAGAGCUUUAAAAGAAAAUGAUAUUGAAUUUGCUAAAAUUUCAAAAAAACCAAAUUCAUUCGAAAGUGCAAUUAAUCAAUUUAGAAAAAAUCCAAAUAUAAAUGUGUUAUUAUUACCAAUUCAAAGGGGUGCAAGUGGUCUAAAUUUAAUUGAAGCUACUCAUGUAUUCAUUGUCGAACCAAUUUUAAAUCCAAGUGUAGAAGCUCAAGCAAUUAAUAGAGUUCAUCGUUUUGGUCAAAGCAAAGAAACUUUUGUACAUAGAUUUAUUAUUAAAAAUACAAUUGAAGAAAAAGUAGCUCAAAUGAAUAAGAAAAAAGAAAAAGAAUUAGAUUGGAAAUUAGCAUCAAAUAAAAAUGAUAAAGAUUUAUUAUCAAAGAAUGAUAUAGAAUUUUUAAUUUUAGAUUAG